CCCUUUCCCAAACAACUCCUCAAAUACCCACCGCCACCACCACCGCUACCACUAUCAUACCCAAAGUUAUACCUAAAACUCGUCACAAACUCCUCCACCUAGUUUGCCUUUCUGCCAGCUCUGUUUCUCACUCUGCUCUGACCUCUUCAUCUCAAAAAGGAUCUAAUUUCGCACCCGAAUCGCUUCAUGGGUUCUCCUUCGCAUUGACUAUCUAGCCACUUUCGAGGGUCAAACCUAUUUUCAGACCCCGCACAAAGGAACUUCUUACCAUCUUCGAACACAUCGUCCCUUGUCUCAAUCACCUUAAAACUAUCCACACAGCAACCACUCUCCACCUCAUCCUUCCCCCGGAAUCUCGAGUCACCUUUGUCAAGUUCAGUAGAGCAAUUCUUGUUCGGGUUCUCUGUUGAUUUCAUCGUUCGUGGAACUCCAGUGCCUCCGCGGCCUUUCAACCCACAAACCACCAAGUUGGCGGGAUCCAUUUCUCCAAAGUUCUCCUUCGCUCUCCCUCUCCUCGGUCCACUAUCUUGGGUCCUCGGAGCUUCCAAGAAACCUCCAUAACUGGCCCUCUGGUUGGUCAAUCAGAAGAAGGACCACUGCUUAUAGCCACUGUCCAUACCACCAUCAAACAUCCCUCGGUCUUACAGCUGGGUAAACUUUUCGGCCCCUUCUCUUACCUUCCUCAGCUCUUGUUGAGGGUGAUUCCAAACCCUCAAAGCUGUCAAAUUGAUUGCAACUAGCGUGGUGAGCGCACCUCGCGGCUCGCCCUAGGUGCUGGAAUUCUCGGAUUCUGGGAAUUUGUUUAUUUUUAUUAUUAUUAUUACGGCUUUCUCUUCUCUUCGGUCUCAUUUGCAAACGAUUCAUCGUGUAUAAUUUGAUUUACAACCGCGAUAUUCAUUUUUUUCAUUCAAUAAUUUACGCUGGAUUUCUACUAUCUUAUUGAACUCGCCCCCGGAGGAAGGCAGUAGCUAUGGACACCCCACGAUCCGAGUCGCCUCACUUUACUCCUGCCCCUGCUGCCGAGCUGGACGACCAUAGGUUCCAGGCGCAUUCUCUUCCUCGCUCUGGAACUACAUCGUCGGAUGCUCGUGCCCGUCCGGACAUAUCUCUCAUCAUCGAGGACGCUCAUGGCCCAAUUCACAGGGACUACGAGCAGGCUGUGUUGGAUGACGACACACGCGAUAAUAGGCCUGCCCUUUCUCCGGAUGACUGUGGUGGUCGUCAAUACAGUGCACGCUACCCAUCCCGCUCUUCUUCUCGGGCCCCUUCCACCAGAUCGCCAUCGCCGCCGAACUCUGUCGAUGCGUUUGCGAAUCCUGAGCACAGGCGCCGCGUCGACCGUUCCGCCACGAUCAGCUCUCAAGCUCCUGCGGAUCUUGCCUUAGGCCUCCGCAGGACUAUGUCACGGCGUCCGACCUUUACUGAGGAUGAGGCUGCUGGAAAUGGCUCUGGUGAUGAGGCUCUGCCUAAUGCGGAGGAGGAUGUUUGCUUCCCGCCUCCUGAGGAGAACAAAAUUCGAGGUGGAAUUGAUUUUGAGGAGAUGGAUGAGUUUGUGGCCAAUCAAUCUCGCGCGGGUCCUUGUGAGAGGAGAAGGAAAAUGAGCACUUGCGGGGCUGUGAUUGGGUCUCGGUACUUCGACCAAAUCAAGAACAAGGAGGAUUCGUCUGCCACUCCCGGUGUUGUCGGGAAAGAGACUCCCAUCCCCUCCACGUCAUCUAUCAAUGAUGAGAAAGCCGAGUUUUGUAACACGCCUACCACUCCCCGCCCUAGGCGUAUAAGCAAUCCUGAUCGAUUCAGCUUCUUCUCAUCCGAGGGUGACGCUACGAUUCACGCUCCCGAGAUUGGCGACCUCCUAUGCGAUGGCGAGAAUUUCCACGAGCUCUUCCGUGGUGGCCAAGGUGUCUGGUGGUUGGACUGUUACAAUCCUACCACUGAAGAAUUGGCUAUGCUCAUGAAGGCUUUUGCAAUCCACCCUUUGACCGCUGAGGAUAUUCGAGUUCAGGAAACCCGCGAGAAAGUUGAACUUUUCAGGUCUUACUAUUUUGUGUGCUUUCGCUCUUUUGUACAAAAUAAGAACUCCUCAGACUUUAUGGAGCCUGUAAACGUCUAUAUUAUCGUCUUUCGCGAGGGAGUAUUGAGUUUCCACUUCGCACCUUGCCCGCACAGUGCCAACGUUAGGAAGCGGAUUAGGCAGCUCCGUGAUUACGUUGCUCUCUCAUCAGAUUGGAUUUGCUAUGCGCUGAUCGAUGACAUCACUGAUUCUUUCGGUCCCGUGAUUCAUGACAUCGAGAAGGAAUCUGAUGCUAUUGAAGAUGGCGUUUUUGUCGCACGCACGGAUGAUUACACUCCCAUGUUGCGGCAGAUUGGCGAAUGUCGGAAGAAGUGCAUGACCUUGAUGAGACUGUUGGGCGGCAAAGCCGAUGUUAUUAAGGGAUUUGCAAAGAGAUGCAACGAGCAAUACCAAGUCACUCCUCGUGGUGAAAUUGGAUUGUAUCUCGGUGAUAUUCAAGAUCACGUCGUCACGAUGAUGGGCAGCUUAUCUCACUUUGAGAAAAUGCUUUCCCGCUCGCACGCCAACUACCUCGCGCAGCUCUCGGUAGACUCUAUCCAAACCAAUAAUCGUGCCAACGAGGCCCUCGGGAAGAUUACAACCAUCGCGACAAUUCUCGUCCCGCUCAACCUAAUUUGCGGUCUCUUUGGCAUGAAUGUAACAAUUCCAGGCCAACACGACCCACACCUUUACUGGUUUUUUGGAAUCCUGGCAAGCAUCUUUCUGUUCGUCACCGUGUCCUUCUUCCUCGCGAAGCGAUGGAGAUUUAUAUAAAUUUGCCAUUUGCUUUUUAUUCCCUUCCUAGUGGCUUCUUAUGAAGAAAAAGAAAAAAAGAAAAUGUCCCGGGCGACGUCUUUUUAAUUUUGUUUUCUGGGAGACUAUUCCUCAGGCUUGUGCCUUCCUUUGAGAUUGCUGUGUCUUUCUCCGUGUUAAAUUGUUGCUUUUUUGGGUUUCCUUUCACCUUGUUUAUUCACGUGUAAUAAAAAGUUUCUCCUGUUACCUGUUUGUGCUACUAGCCUGUUCCCUAU